GUACAUGACCGACACCGACUAAUCAGAGCCAGGCUCGACGAGGCUUUGUCUGCACACCGCGCGCGGGGCCGCUUCUCCCGCCUCCCAGCCCCGGCGCACGCGCGCCCCGCCCUGCCCGCCUUCUCUCCCGCGCCCUCCCCGCUUCUUUCUCCCUCUCAGAGCCUUCCUGCUGCCGCGUUCGGACCUCGCUGCUGCAGCCUCCGGGGCACGUCCCAUCCUAUCAGCCUGCGACUAGCAAAGAAAACUACAUAUAUUUUUUUUGCCCCAUACAUACUUUGAGGCCAGCAAAAAAAAUUACAAUAAAUUUUAACCAUGAGGGAAAUCGUGCACAUCCAGGCCGGUCAGUGUGGCAACCAGAUCGGUGCCAAGUUCUGGGAGGUGAUCAGUGAUGAACACGGCAUCGACCCCACCGGUACCUACCACGGGGACAGCGACCUGCAGCUGGACCGGAUCUCCGUGUACUACAAUGAAGCCACAGGUGGCAAGUAUGUUCCUCGUGCUAUCCUGGUGGAUCUAGAACCUGGGACCAUGGACUCUGUUCGCUCGGGUCCUUUUGGCCAGAUCUUCAGACCAGACAACUUUGUUUUUGGUCAGUCAGGGGCAGGCAACAACUGGGCCAAGGGCCACUAUACAGAAGGGGCCGAGCUGGUUGAUUCCGUCCUGGAUGUGGUGCGGAAGGAGGCGGAGAGCUGUGACUGCCUGCAGGGUUUCCAGCUGACCCACUCGUUGGGCGGGGGCACAGGCUCUGGAAUGGGCACUCUCCUUAUCAGCAAGAUCCGAGAAGAGUAUCCUGACCGUAUCAUGAACACCUUCAGUGUGGUGCCCUCACCCAAAGUGUCCGACACUGUGGUUGAGCCCUACAACGCCACCCUCUCCGUCCAUCAGCUGGUAGAAAACACUGAUGAGACCUACUGCAUUGACAACGAGGCCCUUUAUGACAUCUGCUUCCGCACCCUCAAGCUGACCACGCCGACGUACGGGGACCUGAACCAUCUUGUCUCAGCUACCAUGAGUGGUGUCACCACCUGCCUCCGCUUCCCUGGCCAGCUCAAUGCUGACCUCCGCAAGCUGGCAGUCAACAUGGUGCCCUUCCCACGUCUCCACUUCUUCAUGCCUGGCUUUGCCCCUCUCACCAGCCGUGGAAGCCAGCAGUAUCGGGCUCUCACUGUGCCCGAACUCACUCAGCAGGUCUUCGAUGCCAAGAACAUGAUGGCUGCCUGCGACCCCCGCCACGGCCGGUACCUCACUGUGGCUGCUGUCUUCCGUGGACGGAUGUCCAUGAAGGAGGUAGAUGAGCAGAUGCUCAACGUGCAGAACAAGAACAGCAGCUACUUUGUGGAGUGGAUCCCCAACAAUGUCAAGACGGCUGUCUGCGACAUCCCACCUCGUGGCCUCAAGAUGGCGGUCACCUUCAUCGGCAACAGCACAGCCAUCCAGGAGCUGUUCAAGCGCAUCUCAGAGCAGUUUACGGCCAUGUUCCGCCGGAAGGCCUUCCUCCACUGGUAUACAGGCGAGGGCAUGGACGAGAUGGAGUUCACCGAGGCUGAGAGCAACAUGAACGACCUCGUCUCUGAGUAUCAGCAGUACCAGGAUGCCACCGCGGAAGAGGAGGAGGAUUUCGGUGAGGAGGCCGAAGAGGAGGCCUAAGGCAUAGCCCCCCUCACCUCAGGCUUCCAGCCCCCUCAGCCUUCUUCCUCAACUACCCCUUUCCUCUCCCUCAGAAUUUGUGUUUGCUGCCUCUUUUUUUUUUUCUUUUAGGGGGGUCUAGAACAGUGCCCGGCACAUAGUAGGCGCUCAAUAAAUACUUGUUUGUUGAA